GGCUUUCUUUGCUGUGGCCUUUUGAACUCCUUUUUGAGCAUAGUCCAUCUUGUUUCUUCAUCGUCCUGCGGUAAAGGGAGCUUUAUUCACGCAUCGUUUACUCCCAUCUACGUAUCGUAUAUCUUGGCACGAUGCAUCUCAUUCGUGCCUUCCGUCCGCUAAGACUCCGGGCAUUCCAUACAACACCGCUCUCCCAUCUGGCGACUCUCCAACAAACACCCCCGCCACAGCCGCUAUCCGUCGCCGAGAGACAUGCAACAGGCAUCCUCCGCACCGACUGGACAAAACAAGAGGUCCAGGACAUUUAUGACAGUCCGUUGAUGGAGCUGUUGUUCAACGCUGCAAAGGUCCAUCGGCUCCACUUUAAUCCGAGGGAGGUGCAGCAAUGCACUCUGUUGAGCAUCAAAACCGGAGGAUGUACUGAAGAUUGUGCUUAUUGCCCUCAGUCUUCAAAGUACUCUACAAAUGUCAAGGCAAGCAAGCUGCUGCAAGAAGACACAGUUUUGGCUGCUGCGAAAAAGGCCAAAGAGGCAGGAAGUUCAAGGUUUUGCAUGGGAGCCGCCUGGCGCGAUCUCCAUGGACGAAAGACCAACUUUAACACCAUUCUAAACUAUGUCAAGGAAAUCAGAUCAAUGGGAAUGGAAGUAUGCUGCACCCUUGGCAUGCUGACACCCACUCAAGCCCAACAGCUCAAGGAAGCCGGGCUAACCGCCUACAACCAUAACCUGGACACAUCCCGUGAAUAUUAUCCCAAGAUCAUUACAACUCGAAGCUACGACGAACGGUUGGAAACAAUUGCCAAUGUUCGGGACGCGGGAAUUAGCGUUUGUUCUGGUGGUAUCAUUGGCUUGGGAGAGAAGGCAGAAGAUCGGGUGGGAAUGCUUUGGACCCUUGCUACGAUGGUCGAGCAUCCUGAGAGUGUACCGGUGAAUGCCCUAUUGGCUGUGGAAGGAACGCCUUUGGGAAAGCAAGAGCCCGUGCAAAUCUGGGAAAUGGUCCGUAUGAUUGCCACGGCCCGUAUCGUUAUGCCGACUUCCAUGAUCCGUCUCUCUGCAGGGCGAGUAAGAUUCUCGCAACCUGAACAAGCUCUAUGCUUCAUGGCUGGCGCCAACUCCAUCUUCACGGGCGACAAAUUGUUGACGACGCCCAACAAUGCCUACACAGAUGAUCAGAAAAUGUUUGACGUGCUCGGACUAGUACCUAAACAGGCCAACCAUAGACAAGGAAGUGACAAGUUCUUGGAUGUUGGUGAGGCACCCAAGGUAGAAGCAAAGAAGGGAGAGUUGUUCAUUGAGGGAUAAAUGUAAAAGACUUUCUUUACUUUGUUCUUUUUUUUGUACAUUCCAAAAUAAUCCAUCUAUGCACACACGUAAUUUACAGCACUUACACUUUCAUACUAUGUACACGCUGAUUCAGAA